UUUGUUCUUCUCUGGCACGGCCGGUCGAAAGCCGAGUGAAUACAUCACAGGCCGGUUUAUAAGUCACCCCCUUAAACCUCAGCGGAGAGGAAGGAGGGAGAGGAAGAAGAAGGGAUGAAUUGGGAGGAAGGAGCAGCAGAAGAACAACUAUCGGAGUGAGCAGAACAUAAAGGAGCUGCGAAGUAAAGUUUGAGGUUUUCCAGCAUUAUUUCGACAGCAGCUGCAGGGAUGUGGAUGGAAACCAAAGCAGAAGUGGAGGAGGCCAGCAGGAGUCGAGCCAGAUCCAGUCGUCGGGUGUUGAACGGUCUGCUGUUGUGCACUGGAGACAUGGAGCACUUGGCUAAGCACAUGCAGGACAAGUGGUUUGUGCUGCAGCUGGCGGUGUGGGGCCUGAGAGGGGUGACCAGGGUGAUCUUAUCCAACAACCCGCUGAGUGGGGCUCUCAUCCUGGCUGCGCUGUACUGGGCUUCCCCCUGGCAGGGCCUGCUGGGAACUCUGGGUGUACUGACCUCUACGCUGACAGCUGUCAUCACGGGACAAGACAGCGCUGAGGUGACGGGAGGCCUCCACGGAUUUAACGGCAUGUUGGUGUCUCUGCUGAUGGGAGUGUUUAGCUCGGCUGGAGACUGGUACUGGUGGCUGCUGCUGCCUGUCUGCCUGGGCUCAGCCACAUGUGUCUUCCUGUUCAGUGGGCUCUCCUCACUGUUGGACCGAUGGGACCUGCCUGCCGCUGUGUUUCCCUUCAACAUCACCAUCUUCCUCUUCCUCCUCUGCACUGGCCCAGACAACCCCUACUUUCCUCACCGUACAGCUACGCCACCGGGGGCGCUGCAGUCAAACGGGACCGAGAUCGUCGUGUUACAGGUGAUCCGUGGCAUCCCUCUCGGCGUGGGUCAGAUCUUUGCCUGUGGAGCCUUUGGGCCCUCCCUCCUCAUCCUGGGAGCCGUCCUGCUCUACUCCCCCCUGCUGGCCGUCCACGCUCUGCUGGGAUCAGCUGUCGGAACGUUGGCCGGUUUAUCCAUGGCUGUGCGUCAUGAGUCUCUGUACUCUGGUCUGUCGGGGUUUAAUGGAGCACUGGGCUGCAUGGCCGUCGGAGGACUCUUCUUCACCUUCAACUGGAGGACCCACCUCUUAGCCAUCGCUAGCGCCUUCCUCUCCGCGUACGCUGACAUCGCUCUGAGCAAUCUGAUGGGAACUGUGGGUCUCCCAGCAUGCAGUUGGGCAGCUACUCUGACAGCCACACUGAUGUUGCUGUUGACCGGCAGCUUAGCAGCGUACCGCCUCCCGAUUGGCCAAGUGAUGGCGCCUGAACGCAACCUGCGCUCCCGCAGCCAAUGGGAAGCCGGGAACACAACAGACAGGGAGAGCACAGACGUGUAGCGCAGCCACAGAGUACUGCAUCAGUACUUAUAUUUCUAAUUCAGGUAGACUGGACCAGACACCAUAGAGUUAAGCCUAAAUUAUUCACACCAAAUGUUGAUUUAUCGUAAAUUUCCUUUUUGACCAAUAGGCUUCGUAUGGCUGGAAAUGACUUAAACACGUGAUAAAGAUGGUAGGACAUUGUGUCUCACAUUUUCCUCCAGAAUCUUACCUUCGUCCUUUUUUCCUCAUGAUACUGUUUACUCUCACAACGCUGCCUUGUUCAUCGGAUGAGAAACACCCCCAGAGCAUCACAUUCCCAUCAACAUGUUUGACUGUGAGGAUAACGUUCUGAGCGUUGUAUGCUUCUCCUUUGUUUCAGCAAACUAAAGCCACGUCCCUACAUCCUAACAACUCCAUUUUCACUUCAUCCAAACACAGAACUGAUGACCAAAAGCUUUCUUCUCUGUCCAGGUGAGCUUUUUUGUGCCCGUUUUGGAGAAUUGGAGUCCUCCUUAGUUUGCGUCAAGUGUUGUUUUAAGAUGUUGGAGACAUCAGAAUGACCUUGGUGGUGAUCCUUGGAUUCUUCUUGGCCUUUCUUACGACCAUUCUUGCCAAUGCAGGGGUCACAUCUGCCCCAUAACCUUUGCGAUUUUUUUUUUACUUUGUCGAACUUCUUUUGAUUAUUCUCUGCCCUGCAGCCACUAAAAACACUUGAAAAUGACUUUAUAGCCUUUUCCACUCUUGUGAGCAGCCACAAUGUACAACUCUGUCUGAAAGACUGACCCUAAUAACAAGUUCACUGAGCUCUCUGGUUUAACCACGACUUGCAAAUCAACUGACUAGAGAACUGCUGCAUCAGCUGCUCUCAAUAUGUAGUGUUUUAAAAUGGUAAAAACAUAUCAGGACUGUUUGGAAUGGUAUAGAAGCUGCAAUUUAGGAAAAAAACUGCAAAUUUCAAAGCAUAUGAAUAAUUUAAAACAUGGUUAGUUUAGCAAAAAUGUGGGAAAAAAGACACAAAAAGUUAAAUUUUGUUAUCAAAAUCAGAUUUUGCCACUUUUUUAUACAGUUUCCAGCCAAAAGACAUAUUAGUCGAAUAAAAAUUCACUAUAAAUCAUCAUUUUGUAUGAAUAAUUUGGGAUUAACUGUGCAUUUUUAUUACCAACAUUUGUGUAUAUUUUUUGAUUAAACACUCAUAUUUAACCUACAGAUGACUGUGAAUAAGUUUAUACACUUUGAGGGAGACGAGACUUCCUGUUUUGUCAAUUAACUUUUUAAUUUUUUUUAUAUAAGCCUUUGUAUUCUAAUAUAACUCUUUCUAUUAAAUGUGCUGUUUUAUUCCAAAUUUGAACCCCCCGUAUCAGUUUCUCCUCAUCAUGACUCAUACAAUUACAAAAAAAAUAAAUAAAUAAAACACACUUAAAGGGAAAGAAAACUUCUUUUAAUAAGCAUGAAAAUCAACAAGUCAGUUCAAUAAAAUCAUUGUUUUUAAAAUGCCGUCUUUUUUCUUUUUUUUUUUAAAUGACAGUUUUACUGUUAUUGUCAAUAAAAACACAGACUGAAUUCUACAGUAAUUCUUUUUUCUUUUUUUUUUUAACUCCUCCGCCGCCCUGCAUAGACAGACUACAUCCACUGGAACUCAUUGUAAACAGACUGUACAUGGAACUCAAUGCAGGCAGACAGUGAGACAGGUGACGUGUUUAUGAAAUGGACUGGAGUGGUCAGCUGCUUAAGCCUGAAGUUUAAAGGCAACUGUUGUUAUUAUUAUUAUUAUUAUUAUUAUUAUUAUUAUUGUCAUGAUUGCUGCUGUUACAGAUUCUCUUAAAUGAAAACGCCACGCUUCUUCAGACUUUUUUUUCACAGUGCUUCACGUUGCCUGUGUCGAGUUUUCACGUGUAUUCCCCCGUCAUCCAUCCCCAAACAUGCCUACAUUCACACACAACUUCUUAAAUUAGAGUGUCAAAAAUACCAAAAAACAAAACGCACAAGUCCGUAACGGGUGACGGCUCUCUGCGACGAACAAUUACAUCUUUUCUACAUUUUUCUUUACGUCAUGCAUUUCUAUUAUAGUGCUUUAUUGUUGUCUACACGAUUUCCAGCUCUGGGACUAAAUUCUUUUAUCAUGAAGUACCUCACGGACGACGGUGAUGAGGUUGGUAACAAGAGGAAACAUACAAAAAGUGCCUUUCAGUCUGUGAUUGAUCCGAGCGUCGAUGUAAAAAAAGAAACUCAAAAGUAGAAAUAUAAAUAGUUGCAGUAGUUGUGUCCUUCUAAGCUGCAUUACAAAAAGAAAAAUGAACAUUCAUAGUUGUACAUACUUUCAGUUGAAGGUUUGAUUGUGAGUGCCGUUGUGCUUCUUUUUUAUUUUUUUUUUGUUUGUUUUAGCAUGAUUGUGUGUGUGAAUGCUUGUGUUCAUUAUGGUUCAGAAUAAAGGCAGAAUGACACA